AUUUUUAGACAUUUGAUUGUAUUUAAGGAUUUGCAAAAUGCGUAUCCAUAGUUCAGCACACGACUUAGAGAGAGAAAUCGAGAGACAAGAGAUUUCAAAGCAAUUUCCUGGAUCGUUGUCUGAAUAUUUACAACUUCAACCUACUUCAGCAGAAACUGCUUGUUUACCAUUGACGGUAAAGAAAACUGUGAAAACAUCUGAUGGAUAUCUAUUCAGAGCAAAGCUCAAAGAACUUGAGAGAAUUCGUCGAACGCUUGAUGGUAAUAUAUCUGUGGCACAACGUGGGCAAGAAAACAUUUUUUCUGAUAUGUUAAAUACUGAGAAUCAAGAAAGUUCAGAAAACCGCGCAAGAAAAUUGGUAAAUGAGGCCAUUUCUGCUGUGUCACCUGAAAUUAAACAGGAAGUAAUUUUGGAAUUGGAAGCAGAAAAAAAGAAAUCAAAGUUUACUAAUGCCAAGGCUUCAGCAAUGCGAAAACAGGAUACUCACCCACAUUCAUCAGAAAAGAACAAAAAGAUUGCAUUUGGUAAGACUUUAAAAGUUAAAAAUAGUGUGACGACUCAUCCUAUAAAAAAAUCAGAGAAACGUCUAAAAAAAUCAAAUAUAAAAACCACAGAUAAUGAAAUUUAUGAAACCGAACCCGUGGUCACCCAUGUGUACGGAAAAGGUGGUUAUCAUACUCAUAGAUCAACAGUACAUCAACCAUAUUUUCACACUGGUUCACCAUUUAAGCAACCAAAAUUUCGAACAAAGAGAGCAAUUGAGCAUAUUCCUGUUUCAUAUGUUAAAUCUGAAAAAUCACAAACUGUGAGCUGUAAUACCCAGCAAAUACCAAGUUAUUACUUCAAUCCAUCCUCUCCUGUUAGUCCACUAAAAAUAAAAACACAAUCCACCCCUGGAAAUCUUUUACCAUUAGCUGUUGCACUUGGACCACCAAAAAUUAUUGAAAACUCACCAGUACCUGUUAUAGUGCCAAUAAACAAUGAAGUGGAUAGCCCACCAAAACCAGUGGUUAUAAAACUUUCAGAAAAACCAUCACCUACACCAGUAGCUAACAUAGAGAUAUCAAAGAAUAUUGACACGUCAGUUUCGUAUGAUAGCAGCAUUGUUAAAACAGAAGAUGAUGAUCAACAUGAUUUAACUCCAGUUCAACUUGAUGGUUCAAAGAAAAAAGAAAACAAAGGUGAAAAGUUGCCACUUUUGGUUACUAGCACACAACCUGUUAUGCCUUCUGCCAAUUUAGCUGAGAGAAUAUCUCAAGAAGAGGCUGAAAAUUAUACAAAACAUUGGGUGGAACAAGAAAUAAUGGCAAGAAUUUUACACGAACUAUAUAAGCCCAAACCACAAGGUACUGAAGCUUCCUUUUGUGAAAAUUUUCUGGAUAAACCUAUUAAAUAUUUGGUUGACCCAGGUAGAGAGAUAGACAGACCCUUAUUACAAAAUCUGAUAGAAGAAGAAAUACGCGAUAUGAUUAGGACUAUGACAACCAAGAAGGAACCUUCUUCUGAACAAGCAAUAUCUCAAAAUGAAUCUGUUGACCAAACUCCAACCCAACCAAGAAUCCCAGUAGUUCCUGUGACACCCGCCCCCUCACCUCCUCACUCACCGCUUCCUCAUCAUCAUUCACCAAAUACACAUGAACACAUGUCACCAAUGAAAGCAAUGAUUAUUCACACUCCAUCUAUAACUCCUGAGGCUUCAAUGAGUGAAUCAAUACAUGAGGUACCACAGUCUCCUGUUUCAGUUCCAUCAUCAGAAAGUAUAGUUGAAGAAGAAAUGCCAAAGAUUAACAUUGUUUCCACACCUGAUGUUACACCUCCGCCUACUCCCUGUGUGGAGUAUGAACCAGUACUUAGGCAAUCUGUUAGUGAGGCUUCCGAACCAAUCGAACCAAUACAACUUGAUAACUGGAAUGGGGUAGUCCUCCCACUUCCUGAAGAUACAAAUUUUGAGGAGAAAAAAAUGUUCAAACCACUGAAACCAAGUUCAUAUGAACCAGAUUUAGAAGAGCUUGUGGUGCGUACAUUGACUCCAGUUCCCAUCGAAAAAUCUGUAAUUAUCUCAGAGUCAGAUGAGUCAGUCAGUAGUGAUGAAAGUAAUAUACAUCAUGCAGAUGCCACAAUAUCUGAAGGACAACUGCUUAUCAGCCACGGUGAAAUGCGACCAAGGAAAAGGCCAAUAAAGGCCCCAGAAAAAAUUAAGAACUUUAUUGAACUAGGUCUGUGCGAUAGUAUGGAAAGUACAUUGAAAGACACACCUCAAAUUAACAUUGAAAGCGAUGCUGAUGAAAUAAGUGAAGGACAAUACAACCCAAUGGAGAGGCAACGCAAGUCAUUUUGGCCAUAUGCUAAGGUUGAAAAGAAGCAUGAGAUGUCAGUUUAUGAAUAUGAAUCGCCCAAGAAAGCUACAAGAUCAAAAUACCCAUACAAAGAAGAUGAUGUUAGUAUUGGGGAGGUUUCUAUUGGAAACUCAAGAAAAGAGAAAUUUCGGCAAUGGAAGGAGGCUCGUUCACCGAAAGUUCAUGAUUCAAGGGAAAAUAACAGUAUAUCAGAAAGAACAGACCUUCAAAUUGAAGACCUUGAUCCAGGUCAUGAAUCAUUCUCUGAAAUGCAACACACAGCUAACAAUGUUAUUAUGGUUGCACCACUGGGGACAAACAAUAAAGAACAAAAUGAAAGAUUGCCGGUUCCUUCUAAGGAUUUUCAUGAUGCAAUAGAUGAUGUAGGUGCUGCUACCUUGACAACUACGAUGCUGUCAGAAUCAACAAUAGUUAAAGAUUCAUUAGAAGCAUCACAAGAAAAAAGAGAAAAAACUGAACUAAAGAAACAAAGCAGAAUGCUCUUAACUAUCCCAUCUGCUGUUAAUUCAACAGAGAUUGAUAGUGACAUUGAAACUGAUGACUUGUCUGUGCAUGAAUUCGACUUUUAGGUAUAUGAUUGACAUGUUCACAUUUCACAUGUAACGCUGAUGUAAUGUAUAUAAAAUAAGAUUUAUUAAAUCCUUAGUUAUAUUUAUGUAUAUUUUUUUGUUUUGUUUCAUUUAAAAUAUUUAUUAAAGUGGUUAAACUAUUUUUUUUUAUAUAAUUAGCUGAGUAAAUCACUUUAUACCAUAUCAAUUUUAUAAUAAUAACGUGCCUCUAUCAUUAGAAUAAAUAUAUAAAACAACCUAAAGAACUAUGCUGUGAGGUAGCUUAUUUGUAAUUCCACAAGUUGCUAGGUGUCGCUGAUGCGUGCGAGCCUCCGACGAAACGCCACCGCACCAGUCUGUUCUUGCCAUUUGCCCUGUGUUACCAAAUCUGGAUGAGUGUGCACAUUCGCCAAAAUAAACGUUGGACAGACUAACA